CACUCAGCCAUACACUGCUGGCUUACCUCCAUUUUUAUACCUUUAUUGCUUUUGUGACAGAGCUCUCUCUCUCUCUCUACUUGACAACUGCUAAUCAGAUCAUACAGUUUUCUACAGGAUUUCCCUCACUUUCUCGCCACCUAAACAACACAUUUUUUUCUGCUCCAAAAUCGCUGGAAGCUGAGUUGGGUCUUGAUUAUUGGGUCAGUGUUCAGUUCAGGAACUGUUACUUGGUAAGUUGGCUCUGUUGCCGUCUCUAUUUGCUGCAAUUGAACUAGCGGGGAUUGUGGGAUUGAAGCUGCAAGUCAGUGACCUUGAUGCUCGAGUUGGGGUUUCAGGGAGUUUGUGGCGUUUCAGAGCGUGGAUUUGUUGGUCUUGAGUGGUUAUUGAAUGUGUUGUUGGUGAAUAGAAGGGUUUUGCUUUCUUGAAAAUGAUGAGUAGAUUGUUAUGGUCGUGAUGUCGCGGACUGAUAGAAUGGCCUCGGAUCUCAGUAGGACUGGCCCAGUUGAAAGGGACAUCGAGCAGGCCAUCACUGCCUUAAAAAAGGGGGCAUGCUUGCUUAAGUAUGGGAGAAGAGGCAAGCCCAAGUUUUGUCCUUUUCGUCUUUCCAAUGAUGAGUCAGUUUUGGUAUGGUUCUCAGGGAAAGAGGAGAAACAUCUUAGACUAAGCCAUGUAUCUAGAAUCAUCUCUGGGCAACGCACACCGAUCUUUCAGAGGUAUCCCCGACCGGAGAAGGAAUACCAGUCUUUUUCUCUUAUAUAUAAUGACAGGUCGCUGGAUUUGAUCUGCAAAGAUAAAGAUGAAGCUGAGGUAUGGUUUAGUGGUUUAAAAGCAUUAAUUUCACUUAGUCAUCAUCGAAAAUGGAAAACAGAAUCAAGGAUUGAUGGAAUUCCAUCUGAAGCAAACAGUCCUAGGACAUACACUCGUAGAAGUUCUCCUCUGAACUCUCCAUUCGGUAGUAAUGACAGUUUGCAGAAGGAUGGAGAUCACCUUCGUCUUCAUAGUCCAUAUGAAAGUCCCCCUAAAAAUGGUUUGGAUAAGGCAUUUUCGGAUGUGAUAUUAUAUGCUGUUCCUCCCAGGGGAAUUUUCCCCUCAGAUUCUGCUAGUGGUUCGUUACAUUCUUUGUCAUCCGGUGGCUCAGAUAGCAUACAUGGUCAUAUGAAGGCAAUGGCAAUGGAUGCCUUUAGAGUUAGCCUAUCUAGUGCUGUUAGCUCGUCAAGUCAAGGUUCUGGUCAUGAUGAUGGUGAUGCCCUAGGAGAUGUAUUCAUUUGGGGAGAAGGGACAGGAGAUGGCAUCCUAGGAGGUGGAACCCAUGGGGUUGGAAGUGGUAGUGGUGUGAAAAUGGAUUCUUUAUUGCCUAAAGCCUUAGAAUCUACUGUAGUACUUGAUGUCCAGAAUAUUGCCUGUGGUGGAAGACAUGCAGCCUUAGUUACCAAGCAAGGAGAGAUUUUCUCUUGGGGAGAGGAAUCAGGAGGCAGGCUUGGGCAUGGUGUAGACUAUGAUGUUUUGCAUCCGAAGCUUAUUGAUGCCCUCAGUAAUGUAAAUGCUGAGUUUGUGGCAUGUGGUGAGUACCAUACCUGUGUGGUAACACUUUCUGGUGAUUUGUACACAUGGGGUGAUGGAACUCACAAUUUUGGUCUACUUGGACAUGGAAAUGAAGUAAGUCACUGGGUUCCAAAAAGAGUGAAUGGGCCCUUGGAAGGCAUACAUGUCUCAUCUAUCUCUUGUGGGCCCUGGCAUACAGCAGUUGUAUCCUCUGCUGGGCAAUUGUUUACUUUUGGUGAUGGUACAUUUGGAGUUUUGGGUCAUGGGGAUCGGAGAAGUGUUUCAAUACCAAGGGAAGUGGAAUCCCUUAAAGGUCUUCGCACUGUGCGAGCAGCAUGUGGUGUUUGGCAUACUGCUGCAGUUGUAGAGGUCAUGGUUGGGAAUUCAAGUUCCAGCAAUUGUUCUUCAGGGAAGCUGUUCACUUGGGGAGAUGGAGAUAAAGGUCGGCUUGGGCAUGGUGACAAAGAAGCCAAACUGGUUCCUACAUGUGUUGCUGCUCUUGUUGAAACCAACUUUUGCCGAGUUGCAUCUGGUCACAGUCUCACAGUUGCACUUACAACAUCAGGCCAUGUCUAUACAAUGGGCAGUCCUGUUUAUGGCCAGCUAGGCAACCCUCAUGUGGAUGGAAAGCUUCCCACCCGUGUUGAAGGAAAGCUCUCUAAGAGUUUUGUUGAGGAGAUUGCUUGUGGUGCUUAUCAUGUUGCAGUUUUAACUUCAAAAACUGAAGUUUACACCUGGGGAAAGGGAGCAAAUGGACGAUUAGGACAUGGGGAUAUUGAUGAUAGAAAUGUCCCAACAUUAGUAGAAGCCUUGAAAGACAAACAAGUAAAAAGUAUUGCUUGUGGUACUAAUUUUACUGCAGCUAUCUGCCUUCAUAAUUGGGUUUCUGGCGUUGAUCAGUCUAUGUGUUCUGGCUGCCGCCUUCCAUUCAAUUUCAAAAGGAAACGACACAAUUGUUAUAAUUGUGGACUAGUUUUUUGUCAUUCAUGCAGCAUCAAAAAGUCACUUAAGGCUUCAAUGGCACCAAAUCCCAAUAAACCUUAUCGUGUCUGUGGUAAUUGCUUUAAUAAACUGAGGAAAGCCAUUGAAACUGAUGCUUCAUCUCAGUCUUAUGUAAGUAGGAGAGGUAAUGUAAAUCAUGGGCAUAACGAGUUCAUUGACAAAGAUGAGAAGUUGGACUCUAGAUCUCGUGCACAACUUGCUAGCUUUUCAUCAAUGGAAUCCUUGAAGCAAGCAGAAAAUCGAUCCAAGAGAAACAAGAAACUGGAAUUCAACAGUAGUCGUGUUUCACCAGUUCCUAAUAGAGGCUCCCAAUGGGGAGCACUUAAUAUUUCUAAAUCUUUUAAUCCAAUGUUUGGUUCAUCCAAAAAAUUUUUCUCAGCAUCUGUUCCUGGAUCACGUAUUGUUUCACGAGCAACAUCGCCUAUAUCAAGAAGAACCAGCCCACCUCGCUCAACGACACCAACCCCAACCCUGGGUGGACUAACGUCACCAAAAAUUGUUGUAGAUGAUGCUAAAAGAGCAAAUGAGAGUCUAAGCCAAGAGGUUAUUAAAUUGAGAGUACAGGUGGAAAAUCUUACUCACAAAGCCCAGCUUCAGGAAGCUGAGCUGGAAAGGACAACUAAACAGCUGAAGGAAGCAAUAGCAAUUACUGGAGAAGAGACAGCUAAAUGCAAAGCAGCCAAAGAAGUGAUCAAAUCGCUGACUGCCCAAUUAAAGGGCAUGGCUGAAAGGCUACCAGUAGGAGCAGCCCGGAACAUCAAGUCACCCUCCUUUACUUCUCUUGCCUUGCCUACUCCUUCCAUUGAUGUUCCUAAUGCUUCUCUUGAUCAUCUGAAUGGUCGGAUAACAUCUGAAGGAUCUGUCACAAUUGGAUUAAACAGCCAGAUUCUGUCUAAUAGUUCUAGUGCCAACACCAUCCGUACUUCAGGCCACAACAAACAAGGCCAUUUGGAAACAACAGCUAGAAAUUUAAGCAGAACAAAAGAAGGUGAAUCAAACCAUGAAGCUGAAUGGGUGGAGCAAGAUGAGCCUGGAGUAUAUAUAACACUUACCUCCCUGCCAGGUGGUAUCAAGGAUCUGAAGCGGGUGCGGUUCAGCCGAAAGCGGUUCAGUGAGAAGCAAGCAGAACAGUGGUGGGCAGAGAAUAGGGGAAGAGUAUACGAACAUUAUAAUGUGCGCAUGAUUGACAAGUCAAGUGUGGGUGUUGGGAGUGAUGAUUUGGUUCGUUAGCACAUGGGAAAAAGAAGUAAUAAAAAAUCCCUGCAGAUGAAAAUGUUCAUUUUCAUUUUUCAGCUCAUUCUGGGAGGCGAUAUUCACCAAUUGCGUAUGGCUUACCAAUUGGGAUUGACUCCAUCCUUUCAAUGAGUCUAAAGAAGCAAAUACAGCUAUAAGAGGGGACCAAACCAGGGGGGUUUAAUUGUAAUUUCUUAUUUUUAACCUCUUUCUCUUUUAUUUUUUUUAAUGGUUUACAAUUUUUUCCCCAUAUGUAGGGUGCUUUUUUUGUUGGGAGGGGGUUGAAGGUCACAAAUGUAAAUUCUUAGUAGUUUGCUGGCUCUUGUUGAAAAAUCAGCUACCAUGUAAAUUCAUAAAAAGUGAAUGCAUUACAGAUUGGUUUAUAAUUCA